UGUCAUUAUGGCCUAGUAGGUCUUGUCAAUAGACGUCAUUUCGUACCGGACUUGCUCAGUAUAUUUUUUACAAGUGACUUGGCAACAUGUCGUUCCCCCAGAGCAACGAGCCGAUGGGAGAUGGCAGCUGGAUCAGCUGGUUCCUUGGGGUCAAGGGCCACGAGUUCCUCUGCCGCGUGCCCACCGACUUCAUAGAGGACAAGUUCAACCUGACGGGCCUGGAGCUCUUCAUCCAGGCACUGGACAUGGUCCUGGAGACGGAGUUUGACAAGCAGGGCUGGGACGAGGGGCUGGACACCACCGAUGCGGAGGAGCUGUACGGCAUGAUCCACGCCCGCUACAUCUUAUCGCCGCGUGGCGUCGAGGAUAUGCGCCUGAAGUACGAGAGGGGUGACUUCGGCUCGUGUCCGAGGGUCUACUGUAAGGGGCAGAGAACCCUGCCCGUGGGCCUCUCCGACCUGUGGAACCAUUCCCACGUGAAGGUCUACUGCCCUCGCUGCAACGAUGUCUUCCUGCCGCGUCCCCGCUGCGGAAUGCUGGACGGAGCCAUGUUUGGGACCAGUUUCCCGCACAUGUUCUUCAUGCAGCUGCCGAGCAUGCGGCCCCAUCCGCCGCUGGAGAAGUACGUGCCCCGACUCUAUGGCUUCCGGUUGCACCAGAAAGCCCUGAUGCCGCCCGAAGCGCCCGAGUCCACGCCAAAGAGUAUCGCAUCCUCGGCCAGCAAGUCGCCCUACCUGACUGCAUCCAUUCCGAAGUCGCUGCCUUCACGAUUCUCCAGGAAUGACCUGAAUGCGUAACGCCACACGAAGGAGUGCACAAAUGUUGUUCCGUUCUCUUGUUGUUGCCAUUAAACGGAUUGUUCCCAGUGCGUUGAUAUGGCCAGAUACCACAUACCACCUAUGGGUACCUUGGGUACUCUACCCGAAACACUUAGUUCACACUGUUUGGUCAAAGCUGGCCAUAUCAAGCACUUAGUCGAGUAGCAAA